AUGAACUUCAUUUCUCUCAAUUCACCUGAUCAAAAAACGCCAACUAAUGCUCCAUUCCUAAACCCACAGGUACACGCCGACUCAUCGACUUUCAAAGCCGAUAUCAGCAAAGCGGAAGCUUAUGCGCAGGUAUUAGACGAAGCGAGGGGAUUAAUCGAUGGGCAGAGGAAUUGGGUAUGUUUUCCUCCUUCUUCUUUUCUUUGUUGGGAAACUGGGAUCGUCGAUAUUGGAGGAGCGAGUAAAACGAAUAUGAGAUUCUACACUCUGGAUCCCUCAUCCACCUCCUCUAAGCCUUCCUUAAUCCUCGGCCCCUUCCAAGGAAAAGUUGCUUGUCAAACCAUCGCCUUUUCCCGCGGUGUAUGUGGCACCGCCGCUUCGACUCAAACGACGCAGCUUGUUCCCGAUGUGGAGAAGUUUCCGGGUCAUAUUGCAUGUGAUGCCGCUAGUCAGAGUGAGAUUGUGGUGCCAAUUGUGGUGGAUGGGGUGGUGAAGGCGAUUAUUGAUGUAGAUUGUGGGGUCAAGGAGGGGUUUGAUGAGGUGGAUCGGAAGUGGUUGGAGGAAUUGGCGGGGGUUCUGGCGGAGGGGUGUGAUUGGUAG